CCGGCGGGUGCCGCGGGCGCGUCGUCGCAGCGGGCGGGCGCCGGAGAAGUCCUCUCGCGGCGUGUGGGCCUUCCCAGGUCAGCGCUUCCAAGUUGAGCCGCGCUGGUGGAGCAUGGGGGAGAUUGAAGGAACGUACAGAGUCCUCCAGACCCCAGGGACACGCCUGGGAGCCCAGAACCCCACCGGGGUGAGCACGCUGGAGCCUGGGCAGGGCCUGUUGGCGACCAUGGCUCAGGCCUCGGCCCGGGGGCAGGAGAAGCACCUCAGUGUCAGGGUGAAGCUGCUCGACGGCACCGUGGAGGCAUUCAAUGUCGAGCCUAAAUGUAGUGGCCAGCUGUUACUGACUCAAGUGUGGAAGCAUCUAAACUUGACGGAGUCUGACUACUUCGGGCUAGAAUUCCAAAACGUCCAGUCCUGCUGGAUCUGGCUCGAACCUAUGAAGCCCAUCAUUAGGCAAGUACGAAGGCCAAAGAAUGCAUUGCUUCGCCUUGCUGUGAAGUUUUUCCCACCUGACCCGGGUCAGCUGCAAGAAGAAUAUACAAGGUACCUGUUUGCCCUGCAACUCAAGAGGGACUUGCUGGAGGGGCAGCUGACCUGCAGCGACACCACUGCAGCUCUCCUCGCAUCUCAUCUCCUGCAAUGUCAGUAUCUCCUGUGGCAUGCGGAAAUAGGAGACUAUGACGAAACUCUGGACCGAGAGCACCUCGAAGUCAACGAGUACCUACCUGACCAGGCGCGCUCCCUGGAGAAGGUGCUAGAGUUCCAUCAGAAGCACACGGGCCAGACGCCUGCUGAGUCAGAUUUCCAGGUGCUGGAAAUUGCUCGGAAGUUGGAAAUGUAUGGUAUCAGGUUUCACGUGGCUUCUGACAGGGAGGGCACCAAGAUUAACCUGGCUGUUUCCCACAUGGGUGUCCUCGUGUUCCAGGGCACCACCAAAAUUAAUACUUUCAAUUGGUCCAAGGUCCGUAAACUAAGCUUCAAGAGAAAAAGGUUUCUUAUUAAACUCCACCCAGAGGUCCACGGACCUUACCAGGAUACAUUAGAAUUUUUGCUGGGUAGUAGAGAUGAAUGUAAGAAUUUCUGGAAGAUUUGUGUGGAGUACCACACCUUUUUUAGACUUUUUGAUCAACCUAAGCCAAAAGCCAAAGCCGUCUUCUUCAGCCGAGGCUCCUCCUUCAGAUACAGUGGCAGAACUCAAAAACAGCUAGUAGAUUAUGUUAAAGACAGUGGGAUGAAGAAAAUUCCUUAUGAAAGAAGGCACAGCAAGACACGGAUGUCUCUCCGAGCCCUGACUGCAGAUGUGCCCAAGCAGAGCAUCUCAUUCACCGACAGUGUGAGGACUCCUGCUUUCCCGUCUUCAGCAAAUGCCUCCUUCUAUUCAGUGCCUACCUCCCUUGUGGCCCCGACUGGCCUGCCCGAUUCUAAGGACAGCAGCUGUUCCCUUAUGGAUCCCCACGUGCUCCUCACCAAGAGUGGGGCUGCGGAGAGGAGCAGCGGAACCUCAGCCGGAGGCCCUGACACAACCCGGUCCCUUGAGCCCCCGGCCCCCCAGGCCUGCCCAGGCCUUUCUGCGGAGACACCUCAGCCUUCUCUCUCCACCCAGAAGAGCCCACUCAGCUUGAACUCUGCAUUUCAGGUGACUCUGAGCCCAGGUGAGCGGGGCUCAUCCCCUCUCCUGAGCCCCGUCCUCAGUGACGUGGGUGGAGCCAGGAUGGACAACGAAGAAGAGACAGCACACAAGUGCAUGCCCACAGACCGAGCGUAUUUUAUAGCAAAGGAGAUUCUCGCUACAGAAUGGACCUACCUGAAGGACUUGGAAGUUCUCACUGUGUGGUUCCGCAGCGCGGUGGUGAAGGAGGACGCUAUGCCCGAGGACCUGAGGACCCUGCUCUUCUCCAGCAUCGACCCCAUCUAUGAGUUCCACCGCGGCUUCCUACAUGAGCUGGAGCAGGCGCUGGCGCUCUGGGAAGGGCACCCUGGCACCCACACGCACGGUGGCCACCGCAGGAUUGGGGACGUCCUGCUCAGGAGCAUGCGGCAGCUACAGGGAUUCACCGGCUGCUUUCAGAGGCACGAUGAGGUGUUGACUGAGCUGGACAAGGCCACCAGGCGCUCAAAGAAGCUGGAGGCUGCAUACAAGGACUUCGAGCUCCAGAAAGUCUGCUACCUGCCACUGAACGCCUUCCUGCUCAAGCCCACCCAGCGGCUGGCGCACUACCAGCUGCUGCUGUCCCGGCUGUGCGCGCAGCUCCCGCCUGGCCACCCUGACCUCCCGGACUGCCGUGAUGCGCUGACAGCCACCACAGAGGUGACAUCUGGGCUCCAGCAUAGCCUCGUCCGCCUGGAAAACCUACAGAAGCUGAGGGAGCUGCAGCGGGACCUGGUCGGCAUUGAGGGCCUUGUGGCGCCCAGCAGGGAAUUUAUCCGUGAGGGCUGCCUGUGCAAGCUCACCAAGAAGGGGCUACAGCAGCGGAUGUUCUUCCUGUUCUCUGAUAUGCUGCUGUACACGAGCAGAGGCGUCUCGGGGACCAGCCGCUUCCGGAUCCGGGGCCUGCUGCCCCUGCGAGGCAUGCUGGUGGAGGAGAGUGAGAACGAGUGGUCAGUCCCCCACUGCUUCACCAUCUACUCAGCCCAGAAAACAAUCGUGGUGGCAGCCAGCACCCACCUGGAGAUGGAGAAGUGGCUGGGCGACCUCAACACCGCAAUUGAGGCAGACAAGAAAGGCGGCACCCCAGCCCUACCGCUUCCGGCCAGCCCGGUGUGUGCUUGCACCCCCGGACCUUCUGAUGAGGCGUCCCCUGAGCAGGAGUCAGAAGACGAUGCUCAGGGUGCCCGCAGCUCCCUGGAGGGGCCCGGCCAGCACCGCAGCAACACCACACUGCACGUGUGCUGGUACCGCAAUACGAGCGUGUCCAGGGCCGACCUCAGCGCUGCCGUCGAGAACCAGCUUUCAGGAUACCUGCUGAGAAAGUUCAAAAACAGCAGCGGCUGGCAGAAGCUCUGGGUGGUCUUCACCAACUUCUGCUUGUUCUUCUACAAGACACAUCAGGUACGGGCGCCGGCAGAACACCCCAGUUCCCGUCCUUUUCCAGCAUCUGGUCCUGAGAUGCCAUCUCACCACUUCCUUCUCCUGCUCCUGGUGCUGCUGUGGAGCCCCUCCCCCUGCUGCCUUGUGGGGACCUGGGGGGAGGGGCAGGGUGGCCUGCACCCCCGCCCUCUGGAACCCCGUGCCUGCCAUCCUGUCCUGCAGGACGACUACCCCCUGGCCAGCCUCCCACUGCUGGGCUACAGCGUGAGCGUCCCUGGGGAGGCCGAUGGCAUCCACAAGGACCAUGUCUUCAAGUUGCAGUUCAAGUCGCACGUCUACUUCUUCCGUGCGGAGAGCAAGUACACGUUCGAGAGGUGGAUGGAGGUGAUCUCAAAGGCUGGCAGCACAUCUGGGAGGGCUCCUUGUGGGCCGAGCCCUGCAUGGGGCUGCCAUCCGGAGGCAGAAGCAGCAUCGGGGAACAGGAGUGAAGGCUUGUCAGGUGCCCAGUGGUGACACGGGGGACAGCUGCCAAGGAGUGGGGCAGGGCUAGCGUGUCUCCAGGGCAGGGGGUGAGGAAACAUCUGCCGGCCCCCAACGAUCCCUCGCCACCCAUCACCAGCAGCCUCCACACACUGUCCCAUCCACACCAGUGACUCCAGGAAGCAGACGGUCCUCUCAGCCCACCUGCAGCACCAGGAUGGCGUGGGAUGCACAGGCCCUGGCUUAGGGCGGCAGGCCCCCCAACCCUCUCGACCUUCAGGGUGGCUGAGCAGGUAGCACCACGUCAGGACGGGGGCACUGCCCCACCCCCAACAUUGCUGCUCCCUCCCUGCAGACUGUCAGACUGGGUCUCCUGGGUCCCUGGGAUCAGCUGAGAGCCUGUGAUUCCAUGGCUGAGCCUGGUCAGGAUGGGCACGGGGGACCGGAAGCCUGGACACAACCUAGGCCGUCGCCAGCUGCCUGAGGCUGGCCGGAAGUCUCUUGGUCCUAAACCAGCUCUGGAAAGCAGGGACCAAAGCCCUGUGACCAGGCAUGGUAGACACCCUUAAUUUAUUGGUACCCAAUCGUUAACAAGCGACAUGGGUGCACAAUCCUCUCUGUUCAAGCUAAAUGUGUGUGGUUAAAAUAAAAACCAUCUCCAACA